AUGGGUAUAAUAGUUAGUAAAGAAGAACAUAUCCGUAAGCAUCCAGUUAAAGGAGAUGCAGAUGCAUUUUAUUUCGCGUGUAGAACAGGAGAUUUAGAUUAUGUUAGAAGAAUUUUACCCACUAUGACAUGGCAGCAGCUUAAUCAAAUACAACACAAUGGAAGUACCUACCUCCAUGUUGCCUCAUACACAGGGCGCACUGAAAUUGUUCGGCUUUUAUUACAACAUGGUUGUCUUAGAUCGAAGCUGAAUUCGUAUGGUCUGACGCCGUACGACGAAGCAUUGACAGAAGAUGUUAAAGCCUUAUUCCAUCGUCCAAGAGAUGAGCGUGGCGUAUGUCGAUUCAUUGAUGAUGGUAUCAACGAAACAUUUCAACUUACAUCUACACCAGUAGCUAGCAAAGAUUCGCAAACUACUAUCAUCACUUUGAAUGAAGAUAAUGAGGAAACACCUGAGCUAGAUGGCAGUGAUGAUUUCAUUCGUAACGAGUGGAUCGAAAGUUUCAACAAUUUUGAUAAGCAUUCAGCUCUCGUACUCAGUACAACUCUUAGAUCUAACCUCUUUCACCGAUUAUUUGGCUUAAAACGUUUGGCUUUGCAUACACUGAUGGAUUAUGUAAUCAGUAUGUCUCUGACAGAGAGAGAUCUUGAAAAUGAAGAUAUUCAGUACUUGCUACAGAAAUAUAAAACCAGCAGAAAAAUUACUUGGUUGCUAUCACUAUACACCCACCAGAGCUCAUUCUAUUCCGCACUAAGAGAUGACAGUAAAUGUUCAGCAUUCACAAUGUUGCUGUAUAGAAAUUUAUCCCAACUACGCCCAAGAUUCUACAAAGGUCAGACUUAUCGUGGGAUGAGAUUGACUAAGAAAGAGUUAUCUGCAUAUUGGUCUCUAUCGAAACACAGAGGUUUUGCGUUGAUGAACAAAGUAUUUCAAUCAAGCUCGAAAUGCCAAAAUGUAGCCGAAGGCUUCUUCAAUCCGCCGGACGUCCCAAGCGAUUCGGAUGAGCGCAUAUACAUGGUAUUAAUUCAAUACGAUUUUCUUGAAACGUGUAAGUCCGCAAUUGAUCUAGCUCCAACCAAAGACACUAAUUUAUCAGAGUACGGAUAUGAGGCUGAAGUAAUAAUCUUGCCAUACACAUUAUUCGAAAUCUGCGAAAUGAAAUAUGAUGAAACAACCAAAACGGCUAAAAUUUGUCUAAAACACAUUGUGCCAGGUGGAAUUUUCGCUGGUUUCAGAUCUGCCAUAAAGGAGUUCACGACAAUGUCCCCAGAAGAUAUUCACCAAACAUUUAGACGCAUAGAAGCGAUGAUAUUAGCUCAUCGAGCUUCAAAAUAG